GAAGGAGAGGGAGCCUCGCGGGGGCGAGCGGACGCUGGGGCAGGCAAGGCCGGGCCGUGCGCCAGGGCGCGCCCUCGCUCGGCGAGCGGGCAGGCGGCGGGGGCAAGAGCGAGCUGGCGGCGCGCCUCCUUCUCCGCCGGCCUCUCUCCGCUCCGCCUCGACGAAUGUCCUCCGGGCUGCGUCGGGCGGCCCUGCUGGGACUCGGCCUGCUCCUCUCCAGGGCGGCUCAAGCGGGACGCUGCCCGGCCGCGCUCUGGCCGCCGCCGCCUCUCUCCUUGCCUGCCCGCGCGGGUCUUGGCGCGCCGGCCGUGGCCAUGCAGAGCUCGGGGGCGGCGCAGGGGCCCAAGUACCUCGGCCAAAAAGAAGCUCAAGCCAUAGACCAAGACCUGUUUGAUGAGUACAAAUUCAGCGUUGACCAGCUGAUGGAGCUGGCUGGGCUGAGCUGUGCCACAGCCAUUGCCAAGGCCUACCCAGCCAGCUCCUUCACCAUUGACCAGCCAUCUGUGUUGGUUGUGUGCGGCCCUGGAAACAAUGGAGGGGAUGGCCUUGUUUGCGCCCGGCACCUGAAAAUGUUUGGCUAUGAGCCAACUCUCUAUUACCCCAAACGCCCCAACAAACCGCUUUUUGAAGGUUUAACCACGCAAUGCAAGAAAAUGGACAUCCCGUUUCUUUCGGAGUUCCCAUCUGAAGCUGCACUCAUUGAUGAGAUCUACGGCCUGGUGGUGGAUGCUAUUUUUGGGUUCAGCUUCCAAGGGGCUGUGCGGGAACCCUUUGGCACUAUCCUGAGCAUUCUGGAGAAGGUCACUGUCCCCAUUGCGAGCAUCGAUAUCCCAUCCGGCUGGGAUGUGGAGAAAGGAAACGUUGAGGGGCUGCAGCCAGACAUGUUGAUCUCCCUCACUGCACCCAAAAAGGCUGCAAAGCAUUUCACUGGCCGCUACCAUUUCCUUGGGGGCAGGUUCGUUCCUGUGGCGGUGCAGAAGAAGUACUCACUUCACCUCCCACCGUACCCAGAGACAGACUGUGUUGUGCGGCUCUCUUAGCGGCUGAGGCCCAGCUGACGCUGUCCAUAUGAAAGGGCUCUUGAGAAGGAAUUAGGCUGGGUUGGGUGAUAGUUUAUUAGUUGGAGUUGCAAAUUAAGCCUUAAGUGGUCACAUGGCAUUUGACAAUAUACUGGAAGAAAGCAUUCAGCCACCUUUCCCUCUGCAGACAACGAACAUUCAAAUAAGUGGCAGCUUUAGAUCUUGGGAAGGGGGCGGUAUUGUUCAUCACAUUACCGAGUAUUACAGAGAAACUUUUCUUUUGGCACAGGGAAACUUUGGCCCUGCAGAUGUUGCUGAACUACAACUUCCAUCCUCCUCAGCCAUUGGUCAUACUUGCUGUGGCCAAUGGGAAUUACAGUUCAGCAACAUCUGGAGGCCCACAGGUUCCUCAUUCUUGUCUUAGCAGAAUCGCAUUCUUUUCCUUUGCAGAUGGAAGAGACCGUAAACAAACUUUCAUUUUCCUUCAAUAAAAACAUUUUAAAAAUA